CCAACGCGGUCGCUCAGUUGUCAAGGUUAGUUCUUCUAGUUCAGACUGCGUAACGCUUGCAGCGCGUGUGGUGAAUUACAAGGGUAUGGACAUUCAAGUUGCACGCUGGAAGUGAGCGUUUUUUGGAUGUUGUGGACUUAGAUGCAUGCACGAGAAUAGCGUAUUGGGUAUUUUAAGAUGUAUUCGUGAAGCUAGAGAAAAUGUCGAGGGUAUAUCCGAAGCACGCGCUUUGUGAAACUAUGGUUUUUGCUCACAAAAAACAACGAAAAAUAGGAGAGAAAAUUCUUUGGAGAAUCCUGAUCCUGGCCACGCUGGCUACCGUCGCUGAAGGUGGUACAGCUGAUUUCACAACUUUUGACUUUACCGUUGAACCAUCUGAUUCUGUUGUAGUGAAAGACAGCCCAGCACUGUUGAACUGUGGAGCAAAAGGGGAACCUAUUCCUAAGAUCGACUGGAAGAAGGAAGGAGCAGUAUUGCAAUUUAUUGAAGAUUCAAGAAGGUCAUUGUUACCCAAUGGUUCGUUGUACUUCAGUAAUGUCCAUCAUAGUAGAACGGAACGUCCAGAUGAAGGUGUUUACCAAUGUAUGGCAACAAUUGAUAAUCUUGGAACAAUUGUUAGUCGUUCAGCAAAAAUACAAGUAGCAUCUUUACUCAGGUUUGAAGAAGAACCACAAGAUGUCACUGUAUACCCAGGUCAGACUGCUUACUUUCCUUGUACUAUUCAAGGUAUCCCACUACCUGAGAUCACUUGGUUUAAAGAUGAACAACCACUAGCGUUAGAUCUUACACGCAUGAUAGUUCUUCCAAGUGGUGCUUUAGAGAUUGACAUAGUGCAAACCUCAGAUGCUGGCAUUUACAAAUGCAAUGCUUCUAAUGUUGAUAAAUUUCGAGUUAGUUCAGGUGGAAGAUUAACAGUAAGCUUGAAUUAUGGUGAAGCCAAUAAAAUAGCUUCUCCUAGGUUCAUUGCAACUCCAAAGGAUAUUAUUGCAACAGAAGGAGAUAAUAUAACAUUAGACUGUGCAGCUAAUGGAAACCCUCGACCUCGGAUAACGUGGCUGAAAAAUGGUGUCACUAUUGAUCUGGCUCUCUUAGAUAGUCGUUUUCGGACUGUUGGUGUUGGAAAUCUUCAUAUUGAGAAUAUCGAGGAAGAAGACAAAGGUACUUACAUGUGCCGUGCAGAAAAUCAUGCUGACUCUGAGGAUGCAAGUGCCAAUGUAGAAGUACAAGUUCCACCGCGCUUUAUAAAACGACCACAGAACAAAUAUGCCUAUGAGAAAGAAGAUGUUGAAUUUGAUUGCAAAAUUUAUGGAAAGCCAGAACCAACUGUUCAGUGGAUCAAAAAUGGUGAUGUAAUCAUACAGAGUGAAUACUUUCAAAUCGUGAAUGGCUACAACUUGCGUAUCCUUGGGCUAGUGCGAUCCGACAUGGGGCUUUAUCAGUGCAUUGGUACAAACCCUGCAGGAAAUGUGCAGGCAUCUGCUCAGCUUAUAAUCUUAAACCCAGAAUCUCCUCGUCCCACAACCCAUGGCUCUGUUACUGUCUUUCAUUCAAACAACUCAGGAGACCUCCCCAAAAAUAAAGAUAGACCCUCUGCUCCACGUCAAUUGUCAGCAGUGAUUAUAUCCACCCGGUUCAUCACCCUCUCCUGGAAGGAACCAGUAAAAACAAACGGUGCCAUCUUUGCAUACUCUGUGUAUUAUAAAGAUGGCUCAUCUAAAAGGGAGCGAGUUAUAAACACAACAAGACCAAGGUUGGAAGAAGUAAGCAUACAAGGGCUUCAACCUUCAACAAACUACAUUGUACGAGUUGUGACGUACAAUCAGCAUGGACCCGGUGAAAGCUCUGAAGAAAUUACAGUACAGACUCAUCCAGAAGUUCAUGUUCCAAGUCCAGCACUUAAUCUACAGGCUUCUCCAGACUCGCCAACAUCCAUAUUUAUACAAUGGAAUCCACCAGAUAAACACAGUGGUCCAGUGCAGAACUACAAGUUGUAUUACAUGGAAGUAGGUACAUCAGAAGAGCAUGUAGUGACUACAAGUGAUACAAAUUACUUGCUACAGUCACUUAAGAAAUUUACAGAGUACAGUUUUUGGGUUGUUGCAAUUAAUCAGAAUGGGCCAGGAGUGAGCACAGAAGAAGUGACAUCCAGAACAUACUCUGAUAUUCCAGAUGAUACUCCACAAAAUGUGACUGUUGAAGCUGCAAGCUCUACUAGCAUCAUUGUUCGAUGGCAACCUCCUCCUAAAGAAGCUCAGAAUGGAAUUAUCACUGGUUAUAAAAUACGCUACAAGCUAAAGGGCAGUCGGAGAGGAGACACUGUAACCACGGAUGGCAACAGAAGAUUGUAUGCAUUAACAGGUUUGAAGCGAGGAGCUCGAUACAACAUCAAGAUUGCAGCGCUGUCUGUAAAUGGCAGUGGUCCAAGUACUGACUGGCUCACGACGGAAACCUUUGAAAAUGAUUUAAAUGAAUUGGUGGUACCAGACCAUCCAAAAAGUCUUCGUGCACGGCCACAAGCAAAUUCAAUUUUUGUGAGCUGGACACCACCUCAAAAUCAAAACAUUAUGAUCAGAGGCUACACAAUUGGAUGGGGGAUUGGAUUUCCAGAUGUGUACACUAAAGUUCUUGAUGGCAAACAACGAUACUACACCAUUGAAAAUCUUCAUCCUUCUUCGGAAUAUGUAAUAAGUCUUAAGGCAUUCAAUCAAGUUGGGGAUGGGCGACCAGUGUAUGAAACAGUGCGGACUUUGAUUGAGAGUACUCCUGAACCACUGACCCCUAUGCUUCCACCUGUAGGACUGAAGGCUAUUGUUUUGUCAUCUUCUACUGUUGUUCUUUAUUGGACUGAUUCCACACUUCCUCGAAAUCAGUUAAUCACAGACAGUCGGUUUUACACAGUGCGAUAUGUUCCUUACCCAUACUCUGGCCACUUACGAUACAGACUGUAUAAUUCUACUGAUCUCAAUUGCAUGAUAGACAAUCUGAAGCCGAACACCCAGUACGAGUUUUCUGUUAAAGUUGUACUGAGCCCACAGGAGAGCACAUGGAGUAUGAGUGUGUUUAACACCACUCAGGAAGCUGCACCAGCAACUCCUCCUCGAGAUAUGACAGUUGUUCCUUUGGAUGACGAUUCAUCAGUCAUUAGUCUUCACUGGCAACCACCAAAACAGCCAAAUGGGGUCAUAACCGGUUAUGUGAUAUUUUACACAACAGACAACACACAAAAGGAUACUGAUUGGGUGGUUGAAGGAGUUGUUGGAGAUAAAAUGACAACUACUCUUAGAGGACUAACAGCAGAUGCAACAUAUUAUUUCAAGAUUCAGGCUCGUAAUAAGAAGGGCUACGGACCGCUGUCAUCAGAAGUUGUUUUCCAAACUCCACCAAGUUUCAUGGCUAGGGCAGCUGGAGCAACUUCACAUGAUGGAAAUAGACUUACAAACAGCAUGUUAUAUAUUAUUAUUGCAUGUGUAUCAAGUAUAACCUUGCUUGUUAUAACUAUUGUAAGCGUCUUUGUUUGUCGCCGUCGCCAUGGCUAUCUCACACCUCUUCGAAAUAAAAGUGCCAAAACAGCAAUAAAAGGUAUGGGAGUGAACAAGGAUCUUAAACCACCAGAUCUGUGGAUUCAUCAUGAUCAGAUGGAACUAAAGUCGUUGGAUAAAGAGCAUAGUGCUGAAACAACGAUGACGGUUACACCUAUUCCACGUAAUUCGCAAGAACUAAACAAUGAUUCAAUGAUUAGCACUCUGGAAAGAAAGAAAGGGCCUUUAUACACAGACCUUUCACAUCAGGAUGAAAGCAAAGCCAAUGACAAUUCCUCUCUUCCCCGGAGGACUGUAAGAGCCAAACCUAUAAUGAUUCCUGUUGAUUCUCAACAGUCUCCCCUAAGAGAAUCAACUGCUACAGUGUCACCUAUACCUAAUGGUAAUAUUAACCAGCACUAUGAUUCUGGAAUGUCAAGCAUGACUCGCCCUGUGUAUCCACGAACCCAGUAUAAUAUCGCCCGAGCCAAUGUUAAUCCUUCUCUCUCAGGUUCACCAGAAUUGGUUUCACCAUCUGGACAGAUGUCCUCUGUUCUGUAUGAACGAAUUCCUUCUACUCCACCCUUGGUAUCGGGUACACCUUUUGUUACAGGCACUGGGCAGCACGCGACAUAUACCAACCCACAUCACUCCAACAUGAGCGGAAACACUGCCUUGAGUAAACGUCCCAUAGAACACCCACUUAAGAGCUUUAGUGUACCUGCUCCCCCACCACAAAGUGUUCCUACAGUGCCACAGCCAAAACAUAUAGGUGUCAGAGCUCAGGGAAUUGCCAGUCCUUACAGAAAGGCAGCAUCUUCCGGGAGUACAAGUACACCUAAUGUUAUUGAUAGCUCAUUUUCUCAGUCAUCAACAGUUAGUAACACUACUACUGCAGCAAACCUACCAGAUCACUCUUCAAAAUCUGCAGGAGGAGAUGAAGUUAUGUCAUCAUGCAGCACAGAGGACCUCAACCAGGAGAUGACUAACUUAGAAGGUCUAAUGAAAGACUUGAAUGCGAUAACUGCAUCUGAUUUUGAAUGCUGAAGGUUGGAAACAAGCAUAUUUUCCUCAUGGGUGUUCACCUUUAGAGAAGAAUAAUUGUACUGAUUGAAUUAUCAGCCAGGUAAAGUUAAAUUCUGAAGCCCUCGUGUACAAGCAAGUUUUUAACAAGAAGGACUCAUCGCUAGAAUUAAGGAACGUUAUCCUUUCCAAAUGUAUUGUGUAUCAUGACAUUGAACAUUUGUAAAAAUAAAACUUAAAGGUUUCUUUUAACUGAAAACCUGAGGACUUGAGAUGUUUGAUAUAUUAAGCCGAAGGACCAAGGAAUGUAGCAAUGUGAACACAGAAGAGCUAUAGAAAGGGAUUUUAUAAGACACUGCCAUGUACUAUGUGUGAUGUAUUUCAGUCAUCUUUGUCAAGCUCGUAAGCUGUUUAAAAAUUACUGUUCCCCAUAUGACUGACUGUACAGAAGUGUCAGAAAAUUUGUUUGUGAGGUUUUGCUCAUUAAUGUGUUUUAUAUCACAAGUUUGGGAAGAAGCAGUUUAUAUAAAAUAUUUUAAAAAUUUCAAAGUUUUCUCUUGUUCAGUUAUGCACAGCUUUAAUAUAUUUUAAUUGUAGAAAAUGCUUACAUCACAAAUAUAUAGGACACUCUGAAACAACUUGAGAAAAAUGUUUGUAAAUUAGCCUAAAUUAUAAUUGGUGAUAGUGACUAAAUCUCAGGUGAAACUUAUUAUUAUCCACCAAAGACGAUAAAUAAUGAUAACACACAAUUUAAUUUAUAAACCUGUAAAUUCCUUUGUGUGUGUGUGUGCAGUAUGGUUUAAGAAAAAUUAUCUUUUUCUUGCUGUAUUUGUUUGAAUAUUGAAAACGUGCUUGCAUUUUUAUUAUUACAAAAAUGCAGACCAAUAACUAUGUGUAUUGUUUUGAUCAAUGUUCUAGUUUCAAAGAUUUGUAAAUUUCCUAAAGUAGAUCACACAUAAUACCAUCUUACUAUUUAUGAAAGUCACACUGUCUGUAGCAGCGGUAGACGAUAUAGUUAUCUUUUAUGACUCUCGGAAAUAGUGUUGUAGGUAAUCUAGUGUAAAGAACGAUAUAAAAGUUGCACCUGAUUGUGAUUUUUCUAAGUCU